UGCGCGGGUGCGCUAGGGCUGUGUGCAGGGCUAGCGCGGGGCCGAGCAGCCGCCGGGAAGCUCCUGGGCUCCACCGAGACCGUGGUGCCCGCUCCUAUCCUGGGCCGCAGCCGCUUUAGCCGCCGCCGCCGGGGGAACGGCCGCCUAUUGUCUUUCUCCGCGGCGAAGGUGUGGAGCUGUUCCGGCUCGGCCCGCGGGGGAGCCCCGGGAGCCGCUAGUGUCCUGGGUCAUGAAACUUAAUCCACAGCAAGCUCCAUUAUAUGGCGAUUGUGUUGUUACAAUACUGCUUGCUGAAGAGGACAAAGUUGAAGAUGAUGUAGUUUUUUACUUGGUAUUUUCGGGUUCCACCCUCCACCACUGUACAAGUACUCGGAAGGUCAGUUCUGAUACGCUGGAGACCAUCGCUCCUGGUCAUGACUGCUGUGAGACAGUGAAGGUGCAGCUCUGUGCUUCCAAAGAGGGCCUUCCCGUGUUCGUGGUGGCCGAAGAAGACUUCCACUUUGUCCAGGAUGAAGCAUAUGAUGCAGCUCAGUUCCUGGCAACCAGUGCUGGAAAUCAGCAGGCUCUGAAUUUCACCCGUUUUCUUGACCGGUCAGGACCCCCAUCUGGGGACGUGAACUCCCUCGAUGAGAAGGUUGCGCUAGCGUUCAGACACCUGAAGCUGCCAGCGGAGUGGAAUGUGCUGGGAACAGAUCAGACUUUGCAUGAUGCUGGCCCUCGGGAGACGUUAAUGCAUUUUGCUGUGAGGCUGGGACUGCUGAGGUUGACGUGGUUCCUGUUGCAGAAGCCAGGUGGCCGUGGAGCCCUCAGCAUCCACAACCAGGAAGGGGAGACGCCUGUGAGCUUGGCCUUGGAGCGAGGUUAUCAUAAGCUGCACCAGCUUCUGACCGAAGAGAAUGCUGGAGAACCAGAGUCCUGGAGUAGUUUAUCCUACGAAAUACCGUACGGAGACUGUUCUGUAAGGCAUCAUCGAGAGUUGGACAUCUAUACAUUAACCUCUGAGUCUGAAUCACGUCACGAACCCCCAUUUCCCGGAGACAGUUGCACUGGACAUAUCUUUAAACUUAUGAACAUCCAACAGCAACUAAUGAAAACAAACCUUAAGCAGACGGACACUCUUACACCCUUAAUGAUGACAGCACAGGACUCUUUCAGCCCACACCGUGCCCCAGAGACAGAUGGACAGUCCCUUCUCUGUGCAUCCGAGCCCACAGGCACCCAGCAGCUGUCUUCUGAACAGACCAAGAGUGCACCUUGCUGCCGAGGGAGUCCUGGUGGGCAAAUCGACGGUCCCUGUGACUUACCAAACAUGACUGAUGAUGAGAAUGCAGGCUUUUCCCUUAGGAGGAAAAAUAAAGAUGCGGAAAGAGAAGCAGAAGGGGUGGAGCCAGCACCUACUGGGGACUCCAGAGCUGUAUCGAAUAGAAGCAACUGUCUCCAGAGCCUGCCUGACUGGGGAACAGAAGGCUUAGAAGGAAACAGAAAUGAAGAAACUGGAACAGAGUCUUCUAGAAUGGCCACAUACCAGAAGUCUCUGAGCAGUGGAGACAGUGUACUGCAGGGAGACAUGGUCAUGGAGCCAGGCACAGCCCAGUGUUCCUUGGGAGGUAAACUGGCAAGCAAUUCAUCAACAGAUGCCAGCACCCCAGAGACUGCAGGGGAAACGGAACAUGGUCUCGUGAACCCAGAGGCAGGUGUCCAGAAGAAUGUGCCUCAGGUAGGGGGAAGUACAAAGGAGAGAUCAGAGAAUACUAACGUCAGCACAGCUGGAGCCUCGGGUGCACAAGGCACAAAUAAGCCCAUGGAUGAAGCCAUUGUAUCAGACUGUGUCUCUGCCGCAGGUUCCCUGUGUGGUAACAAACCUGCCGAGUCUUUACUCACAUUUAAUAAUAGAGAGACCGCCAUUGAAAAAACAGCAGAAACUGAAACUUCACGAAUUUGUGAAGAGAGUGCUGGUGCUCCAGUAGAUCAGAGCACUCUGGUCAUUCCAGCCACUGCAAAAGACAAGAGUUUAGAAGGCUCAGAACCCAGAACUCCCUCAGCAAUAUGCCAGGCAGUGUCACCCUCAGCUUUAACCUUUCCUGAGCUAGGAAAAGAUGUAAUUCCAGGCCAGAAACCAGAAACAAAUUCAUCUCAUGCUCAAAGCCAAAAGAGUGAGUCACCUGUUUGUUCUACAACUGGAGAUGGUAAACUUUGUGUUGACUCUGCCUGUCAACAGAACAGAGCGACUUCUAGUGGUGAGGUAGUUGCAAAGCAGUGCAGUGACAUAGCCAGCCAGCCGGAAAGCACCACAACAGGGCAGGCCAGCACACUCGCCCUGCCCACUGCUGUCUGCUGUGAGGACUCACAGGCCAACACGGCCACCUCUGACCCUGUAAGAGAUGCCCAGGAAGGUGUGGAUUUUUGUUCUCUUAAAGUUUUGAAUAAAGAGGGCCAAGGAAAAGAUCUGAAACGAGAUAAGCCUUUCACAAAUACAAUUGAGGGAGUUUCACAUCCACAUCCCGUUGUCCCUAAAACAGAGAGAGAACUAGCUCCAGACCAGGCACUGAUCUCAGACGGCACUUUCUCUCUGGCAAACACUCCAGGCAGUGAAUCAGUAACCAAAGAUGACGUAAUUUCUUUUGUCCCCUCCCAGAAAGAAAAGGGAACAGCAACUCCUAAACUCCAUACGGCUACAGAUUGUAGAAAUGGCUCAGAUGGAGAUUCGCAUGGUCCCCGUGAGCAGCCAGUAGAAGACAAAGCAACAGGCCCGGCUGCCUCAGAGCCUGAGCCCAGCAUGGGGAAUACCAGCCCCACAGGAUGUGCUGGAGAGCACGAGGGUCCCGGUCUCUCAGCAACCUCUGAUGUUCUAAAUGUCGAGGAGGGUACUGACUCGUGCCCACUAAGUGUGGGCAAGGACACUUUGGCCUCCGGUAUGGUUUUGACCGAAGAAGGAAAAAAUCUGGUGGCUCCGGAAAGCUUGGCAGCUCAGGGAAAACGUGACAGAGAUGAACUAGUGACUUAUCCGUCCUCUAAGGAAGAUACUAUUUCUUCGGGAACAGUGCAAGAGCAGCUCAGACCACCACCUCCUGGACAAGAGACACCGGGAUUUCUUGAAAAACCCAACUCAGCUGCCUGUGCCAGGGACAGUGCACUUCACAGUCAGUCACUGGAUACACCCUCUGCCUGUCUGAAGGCAGAAACUAAACCUGACAAGGAAGUGGCUCCACGAGUCUCACUGCUGACCGAAGGUGGGGCUGCACAGAGCCUGGUGCCACCUGGAGCAAGUCUGGCCGUGGACUCGAGGCAGGAAGCUUUGGGCGCAGAACAGAGCAGCUCACUUCUGUUGCCAAAUGGGUCUGAGACUCUUCACUGCCUUCGACCUUGUGCUCUGGAUGUUGGAGUGAAGAGCACUGAGUGUCAGGGAGCAGCCACCUGUGAGGUGAGGGGAAAUGUGAUGGUGGAUGCUGUUGUGUCUCAGCGAGGCACUGAGGGGCCCAAAGGAAAGGAUGUGUCACACAGUGCCCAAGAGAAGAGUAUGAUCCUGGGUUUGCCAGGAGCUUUGCCAGACAAAGGUGAGACUGACCUACAGCAAGCUGCAAGCCCAGAGAUAGCACCUCUUAACUGGGAAAAAGGGAAGCUGGAGGGAGCAGAUGACAGCUGUGCCAAAGGCGACUCCAAGGAAGCACAAAUGGAUGGCAAAGCACAUCCUGUACUACUGCAGCCUGUUGCCAGGGAGCUCCCCACGGACACAGGGCUCUCAACUCGUGAUAAUGAGGCCGCAGCUGGUGUGAGUGAAGUCACAAGAACUGUGUCCCCAGGCAAAGGAGGGAGACCUCCUUCACCACCUUGCGCAGUCUCUGCACAAGCCGCACAUCUGUCUGAAGGAGAAGACUUGAUAGAGGUGGCUGCCAGCCACAUUGUGGAUGCUGUCAUCGAACGGGUCAAGGCCUUGGGAGUACCACUCCCUGUGGGGGAAAUCAGGCACCCAUCACUGUCUAGUCCUAAGUCGGGCCCUCUGACUAAACAGCUGGAGAAUGCUCCCACGGAGGAAGUGAGUGCGUUUUUGCCUGAAGAGACCUUGCCAGUGGGCAGUAUUUGUGAAGAAUCCUCGCAGAAUUUUGCAGGAUGUUUUGCUGGAAGGAAGGAGCCGGAGAAGAUUAUUCUGCCUAUCCAAGGGCCUGAGCAGGCAACAGAUAUGCCGGACACGAGAGCUGAUGAUGAAGUGGAUUUUCUGAGUAAUACCAUUGCGAGUUCGGUUUCUGAAGAGGCAGCUGCAGGGAGUGUGGCUGUUACACUUUCAGUGAAACACAGCCUGAAGACCCAGGCGAUAAACCAAGAAAACUGGUGUACAAUAGAGCCAUGCCCUGAUGCAGGAUCUCUUUUGACUUCCAAGCCGAGCCCAGAAUGUGAGAACUUCUUGGGUGUUGGAGUGGACAGAGAGUGUGCCUCAACACAGGGUGCACGGAAGCUAGAAUCUGGGAGCGACUCUGACCUCUUCCCCUCACCUGGUGAUGAAAGGGACAGCAUUGUCUUCCCAAAGCCCGAGGAUGAGCAGUUGGCAUGUGAUAUCACCGGAUCCAGUUCUUCCACUGAUGACACAGCUUCCCUGGAUCGACAUUCUUCUCACGGCAGUGAUGUGUCCCUCCCCCAGAUUUCAAAGUCAAAUUGGUCCAAAGAUCAGCAAAGCCUGGAUGGCUUCUGCAGUCAUGGGGGGGGAGCUGAUGGUCGAGAGAGUGAGAGUGAGCCUGCAGGCCCAGGUGACGUGGAGGAGGAGGAGAUGGACAGCAUCACAGAGGUGCCUGCGCACUGCUCCGUCCUGCGGGGCUCCAUGCGCUCUCUAUCCCCCUUCCGGAGGCACAGCUGGGGUCCUGGGAAAAACGCAGCCAGUGAUGCAGAGAUGAACCAGCGGAGUUCAAUGCGAAUUCUUGGGGAUGUUGUCAGGAGACCUCCCAUACAUAGGAGAAGUAUGAGCUGGUGUCCCUCUGGUGUGCAGUACUCUGCUGUCCUGAGUGCUGACUUUAAUUACAGAAGUUUCAGUCUAGAAGGCUUGAUAGGAGGAGCUGGUGUCGAAAACAAGCCAUCUUCGUCUCUGGAGGGAAACUCUGCCAACUCCCAGGAGCUCAGAUACCCUUUCAGUGGUGAGGAACGGGGUGAUUCUUUGGUAUCACUCUCAGAAGAGGAUCUAGAGUCAGGCCAGAGAGAACAUAGAAGGUUUGAUCAGACAUGUCACAGAUCUAAGCAGCAGGGUUUUAAUUACUGUACAUCAGCCAUUUCUUCUCCAUUGACAAAAUCCAUCUCAUUAAUGGCAAUCAGCCAUCCUGGAUUGGACAAUUCUCGGCCUUUCCACACCACCAGUGCUAAUCUGACUGAGAGCAUAACAGAAGAGAACUUCAAUUUCCUGCCACAAAGCCCCUCCAAGAAAGAUUUUGAAGGGAAGAGUGGAACAAAAGUCAGUCGUACGUUCAGCUACAUCAGGAAUAAAAUGUCCAGCAGUAAGAAGAGCAAAGAAAAGGAAAAAGAGAAAGAGAAAACUAAGGAGAAGGAGAAAGAUUCUAAAGAGAAGGAGAAAGACAAGAAGACUCUCAACGGACAUACUUUCAGUUCCAUUCCUGUCGUGGGUCCUAUCAGCUGUGGCCAGUGCAUGAAGCCGUUCACCAGCAAAGACGCCUACACUUGUGCAAAUUGCGGUGCUUUUGUCCACAAAGGCUGCCGAGAAAGUCUGGCCUCCUGUGCAAAGAUCAGAAUGAAGCAGCCCAAAGGUAGCCUUCAGGCGCACGACACAUCGUCACUGCCCACGGUCAUCAUGAGGAACAAGCCCUCUCAGCCAAAGGAGCGCCCUCGAUCUGCAGUCCUCCUGGCAGAUGAAACCACCACCACCCCAAUGUUUGCUAAUAGGCGGUCCCAGCAGAGUGUCUCACUCUCCAAAAGUGUCUCCAUACAGAACAUUACUGGAGUUGGCAGCGAUGAGAACAUGUCAAACACCUGGAAAUUCCUAUCUCAUUCAACAGAUUCACUAAAUAAAAUCAGCAAAGUCAAUGAAUCAACAGAAUCACUUACUGAUGAGGGAGUAGGUACAGACAUGAAUGAAGGACAGCUAAUGGGAGACUUUGAGAUUGAUUCCAAGCAGCUGGAAGCAGAGUCCUGGAGUCGGAUAGUGGACAGCAAGUUUCUGAAACAGCAGAAGAAAGAUGUGGUCAAACGGCAAGAGGUGAUUUAUGAGUUGAUGCAGACAGAGUUCCACCACCUCCGUACACUCAAGAUCAUGAGUGACGUUUACAGCCGAGGGAUGAUGACAGAUCUGCUCUUCGAGCAACAGAUGGUGGAAAAGCUGUUUCCCUGUCUUGAUGAGCUGAUCAGUAUACACAGUCAGUUCUUCCAGCGGAUCCUGGAGCGGAAGAAGGAGUCUCUGGUGGAUAAGAAUGAAAAGAACUUUCUCAUCAAGAGGAUCGGGGAUGUGCUUGUGAAUCAGUUUUCAGGUGAGAAUGCAGAACGCUUAAAGAAGACGUAUGGCAAGUUUUGUGGGCAACACAACCAGUCUGUAAACUACUUCAAAGACCUUUAUACCAAGGAUAAGCGUUUUCAAGCCUUUGUGAAGAAGAAGAUGAGCAGUUCAGUUGUAAGGAGGCUUGGAAUCCCCGAGUGCAUAUUACUUGUAACCCAGAGGAUCACCAAGUACCCGGUUUUAUUCCAGAGAAUAUUGCAGUGUACCAAAGACAAUGAAGCGGAGCAGGACGACCUGGCACAGUCAUUGAGCCUGGUGAAGGAUGUGAUUGGAGCUGUGGACAGCAAAGUGGCAAGUUACGAAAAGAAAGUACGUCUCAAUGAGAUUUACAUGAAGACAGACAGCAAGUCGAUCAUGAGGAUGAAGAGUGGUCAGAUGUUUGCCAAGGAGGAUUUGAAACGGAAGAAGCUUGUGCGAGAUGGGAGUGUGUUUCUGAAGAGUGCAACAGGGAGGUUGAAAGAGGUUCAAGCAGUUCUGCUAACUGACAUUUUAGUUUUCCUUCAAGAAAAAGACCAGAAGUACAUCUUCGCAUCAUUGGACCAAAAAUCAACAGUGAUCUCCUUAAAGAAACUGAUUGUAAGAGAAGUGGCCCAUGAGGAAAAAGGUCUAUUCCUGAUCAGUAUGGGGAUGAGAGAUCCAGAGAUGGUAGAAGUCCAUGCCAGCUCCAAGGAGGAACGAAACAGCUGGAUCCAGAUCAUUCAGGACACAAUCAACACCCUGAACAGAGAUGAAGAUGAAGGAAUUCCUAGUGAGAACGAAGAAGAAAAGAAAAUGUUGGACACCAAAGCCCGGGAGUUAAAAGAACAACUUCAGCAGAAGGACCACCAGAUCCUGCUCUUACUGGAAGAGAAGGAGAUGAUCUUCCGGGACAUGGCUGAGUGCAGCACGCCCUUGCCCGAGGACUACUCUCCAACUCAGAGCCCUAGAAUCCUCUUCCGCUCCAACACAGAAGAGGCUCUAAAAGGAGGACCUUUGAUGAAAAGUGCAAUAAAUGAGGUGGAGAUCCUUCAGAGUUUGGUGAGUGGAAGCCUGGGAGGCACCCUUGGUCAGGCCAUCAGCAACCCUAUUGAACUGGAAAACAUGGUUGGCCCUAUUUCCCUGCCCCGGAGAGCAGAGACCUUUGGAGGAUUUGACAGCCAUCAGAUGAAUGCUUCCAAAGGAGGCGAGAAGGAAGAGGGAGACGACGGCCAGGAUCUCAGGAGAACAGAAUCCGAUAGUGGCCUGAAGAAGGGUGGAAAUGCUAACCCCAUGUUUAUGCUUAAAAGAAACAAUGAGCAGCUUGUCCAGAGCAUCGUUCAUCUCCACGAGCUCCUGAGCACUCUGCAGGGUGUGGUGCUGCAGCAGGACAGCCACAUCGAGGACCAGAAGCUGCUGCUGAGUGAGAGGGCACUCACCCGGAGCCUGUCGCGCCCCAGCUCCCUCAUCGAGCAGGAGAAGCAGCGCAGCCUGGAGAAGCAGCGCCAGGACCUGGCCAACCUGCAGAGGCAGCAGGCGCAGCUCCUGGAGGACAGGCGCCGGCGUGAGCGCGAGUGGGAGGCCCGUGAGAGGGACCUGCAGGAGCGCGAGGCCCGGCUGGCUCAGCGUGAGGAGAAGGUGCAACGGGGCCAACAGGACCUGGAGCGGGACUGGGAGGAGCUCCAGCAGAGGAAAGGCGCCUACCAGUGUGACCUGGAGAGGCUGCGGGCCUCCCAGAGGCAGCUCGAGAGGGACCGGGAGCAGCUGCGGCGGGACGUGGCCGAGCGCCUCAGCCAAACGCAGGUUUCACAUCAACACACCAAGCUGAUGAGGAUCCCAUCCUUCUGUCCCAGUCCUGAGGCGUCCCCCUUGCCAUCUGCACCUUCAGUAGCCAAGUCAGGGUCUUUGGACUCAGAACUUUCAGCGUCACCAAGAAGGAACAGCAUCUCUCGGACACAUAAAGAGAAGGUGCCUUUUCACAUACUGAGUUCAACCGGCCAGCCAGACAGAGCGCCAGGAGGGCAGAGCCAGGCCCCAGUGCCCACCUCAGCCCCAGCCCGCCUAUUUGGGUUGGCUAAGCCAAAGGAGAAGAAGGAUAAGAAAAAGAAGAGCAAAGCCAGCCGCUCGCAGCCCGGCGAUGGUCCUGCAGAAGUAUCAGCUGAGGGUGAAGAGAUUUUCUGCUGACCCUUCUCCCUGCCAAGGCAGCCACUUCCUGGCCCUGGUCAGGGGUUCUCAGCCCACCUGUCCUGCUGUCUGUGCAUGAGUCUCUUACACUGGACGCCCACUGCUCCUCAGUGUCCAGUCCUCCUGGGUAGGCCCAGGCUCUGGACAAAAGGAACAGAUAGUGUUGAGUGUUAGGGUGGGGAGGGAGGCCCAGACUCCGCUUUGGCUGUGGCUUGUGGCUGCUGAGGACCUGCUGGUUGGGGCUGGCCCUACUUGAGGUGCUACACUAAAAGUAGGGGCCCCAGAAGUGCAAGCAAUGGUUCUGGACAUGUCAGGAAUUCCUAAAGGCUCAAAGAGCAUUUCCAAAUGAAGUCUGAAACUCUUUUAUUUGGGGGAACAUAACCAAACCAGACAGCAGGUAGUUUGUACUUCAUCUGUGUAUGUAUCUGUAUGUGGUGACCUCUCUGCAUACACAUAUGAAGCGUGCCAGAAGUACACACAGUCCACACCAGAUGUCUGGUUGGCUCGGCUCGGCAGCAGAGGGAAUGCCCGGUCUACCUAGUAGCCCCUGGGUACUCAGAGCUUCACCUGGGAGACCUCAGAGACCCCAUGAGUUCCCUUUAAGCCCACCCCGUGCACACAUCACCCCCACCCCCUUUGUUUGCAUGUAUUUCUCAUUUCAUUUUAGAAGGGAUGACAAACGUUUGUGAAAACAGUGAGAGGAGGUGUGAUGUGCAUAAAACACGUGGUCUGUACCACCUUGACCUCAGUGUCUCAGGUACUACAAAAAGUAUCUCAUUUUCUCAUCAAGUGCAGAAGAAACAUCCUGGCUUUCCGAGAUAUCUGCCCACAUGUUCUGGGCACACAUGAAGUAGAGAAGCCCCCUCACCAUUUUCCCUGUAGUGUGACACUUUCUGGUUGUCACUGACCACUCAGUAGUGGCCAGGCCCUCCUGGCAAAGUUCCUGAGCCCUCACAGGCACCCCCCAGGGCAGGUGCUACAGCCUGGCCCUGCCAGAGGAUCGCACCUGGCAGCACACAGUGAGGGCCACCCGCUCUUCCCUCAGCUUGGCCGUGCCAUUUUCCCCUCCAGGAUGGGGCAGGAGCUGUGCUCUGUGUCCCCAGCAAAGUUGUCCCACCCCACGCCAGGACAGUUGGCUGAGAAAUAGGUUCAGUUACAGGGUUGAGCCCUUCUGUCCAGUUUCUCCCGGAACUGACCCAGAGGGGCUGGGACAAGAGUCAGAAGCCCUCUGCAAAAUUUGGUUACUUAAAGGCAGUGUCUUAAAUGUAAAGGUCUGCUGGGGAGUUGCACUCACCCUGAAGAGGGCGCUGUGCUGCCUGCCGCUGCUUUGCUUUUUUCUUCUCUCUGCUGUGUUCUGGUCUGAGUUGGCUUUGAGACUUCUCAACAGCUAGUAUCUGCAGGACAGUUCAUUGGUAACGCUUCCUCUGAGGCCCCUUGUGUUACAAAGGGAGACCUUGGGAAGUCCUGUGCUUCACACGUGGCCUUCAGUUUCUGCUUUCUGUCCCUUAGAAGCAUGGGACUUUGAAAAUACUUAAAAAAAACAAAAAUAUCUGUAACUUGGUGCUUGUUGAUGAAUUGCAAGCUGGCCUUGCAGAUGGAGAUAUUUAUCUUUCAGUUUAUUUGAAAGAGGUCUGGUUUUAAAUUUGUAGCCUAGAUUUAUUUUAUUUAUUGUGUGUGUGUGUUUGUGUUUCUGUUUUUAAGGGUUAACCAAUACUAGUCCAGCAAUUUAAACUGUCUGAUCAGUGCUGAGAAUGCGUCGGCAGCCAGCACUGCUCACUCAGCAGUGUCCAUCCAAGUGCCUUGAAGGCCCAGGUGGAAUUUAAGGGUUGGGAAGGUCUCUCUGUCCUUCUCUGUCGCCACCACCUCAUUCUUACAUCGCAGUAUGUCUUCCCCCUCAUUUGAGAAUUAAGAAAGUUGCCACUUGACCUACCUUUACCUGUUUUUGUCAUGGAGAUUUCCUACCCUUCAGAAACAGACUUCAAGACCAAACCCAACUGAUUUUCUAUUGAAACCAUAAUGUAUUCUCCCAAGGACUCUUAACAGCUGAAGUUGUAUGUUUUCACCAGUCAUAACAACUCCAGGUUACAGCUGAAACCUGUCAUAUCUUGGCUUACAUCCACCAUAGGGCUCAGCAGUCUGUCCUUGUCACUGGCUCUGAGUUCCUCACUUGGGGUUUGCAGGACAGUGUGUGCAGCCAGGCACAGUGGCUCACGCCUGUAAUCCUAGCACCCUGGGAGGUUGAGGUGAGAGGAUCAC